AUGCAGGGAACAAUUAUGGCGGCUACGGCGGUUAUGCUCAUUCUGAAGAAUCUGUCCUUUGCGACAGCCAUGGUAGCUUAUCAGUCACCUAUGUCUACUGAAAGCAAGCCUUCUGUGCGUUCCCAUUGCCCGCUUGACUCACCAAUAGUGUGCGUUGACAAAACUGUAGGUGAUCAAGAUGACUGCUGCUCUGAAAGUAGGACCGGAUUGCUGUUAUUGUCCCAGCAGUGGCUAGAUCACAGUAUUGACGGGGGUCCUAAGGAUUCUUUCACAAUCCAUGGUUUGUGGCCUGAUCGCUGUGAUGGUACGCAUGAGAUAUUUUGCAGCCCGUCACAGAACGUGCAUGAUGUCCGGUCAAUCCUAAUGGACCCUAUGUUUGAAGACAGCUCUUACCCAAUUAGUGGACGUGCAUUGUUAGAUAUCCUAAACACUCACUGGGGAUCCUUAGUUGCUAAAGGGAGUUUAUGGGUCCACGAGUAUAACAAGCAUGGUCUGUGCUUGUCAACAAUUAGCCCAAAGUGUUUAUUUUCGGACGAAAAAAGCUUAUCUGAGGACGCUCGUAGGAAAGAGUCUGUUUAUCACUACUUUAGGAUUGCUUAUAAUUUAUUUCGAAGGGUGGACGCUUAUAAGGUGCUGGUUGCUGCAAAUAUUGUACCCUCAAAGGAUAAAACAUAUACCAGGCAGCAAAUAUUAGACGCCUUGGAAGCUGAUUUUGGUUUUAAAGUUAGUCUCAAGUGCGAUCGCAGGGCUCUUACCGAGGUCCAUUAUGCUUAUCAUCCAAAGGGAAGCAUAUUGGAUGAGCAGUUCAUCCCUACUGAUGAAGUUGGAGCCUCAACUGGUUGCCCUAAAACCGGUAUACGUUGGUAUCCAAAAAGCUACAAGAAGCGUAGGCUUUAA